UCAACCAAGCGUCUGCAAAGCCCAGACUUUCAGAAAAUGCAAAAAUAUGAAAAAUUGGAGAAAAUCGGCGAAGGAACCUAUGGUACUGUGUUCAAAGCCAAGAACCGUGAAAGUCAAGAGAUAGUGGCCCUUAAAAGGGUGCGACUUGAUGACGAUGAUGAGGGUGUCCCCAGCUCAGCUCUGAGAGAAAUCUGUCUUCUGAAGGAACUCAAGCAUAGAAACAUAGUCAGACUGCAUGAUGUUCUUCACAGUGACAAGAAGCUCACAUUGGUGUUUGAAUACUGCGACCAGGACCUGAAGAAAUACUUCGACAGCUGCAAUGGAGAAAUAGACCAGGACACUGUUAAGUCGUUCAUGUACCAGCUGCUGCGUGGACUUGCAUUCUGUCACGUGAACAAUGUUCUCCACAGAGACCUGAAACCGCAGAACCUCCUCAUCAACAAGAAUGGAGAACUAAAGUUGGCUGACUUUGGACUGGCUCGGGCAUUUGGGAUACCUGUGAGAUUCUACUCUGCUGAGGUCGUGACGCUGUGGUACAGACCCCCAGACGUGCUGUUUGGUGCCAAGAUGUACUCAACCUCUAUUGACAUGUGGUCAGCUGGCUGUAUAUUUGCAGAGAUGGCCAACGCUGGUAGACCCCUCUUCCCAGGGAAUGAUGUCGAGGACCAACUGAAAAGGAUAUUCAAAUUGUUGGGGACACCAACAGAGGAGACUUGGCCAAACAUCUCUCACCUCCCAGACUACAAGCAAUACCCGUUGUACCACGUGAACACAACGUGGCAGCAAGUAGUUCCUCGCUUGAAUGUGAAAGGCAGAGAUCUGUUACAGAGACUACUGGUGUGUAACCCUAGCGGUCGUUUGUCAGCAGAGGAAGGUCUUCAACACGGCUUCUUUAGUGACCUUAGUCCGUCCGUCCGUCUGCCUGCUGACCCCUUCUGACCUCCCUGGGGCGUUGUCAUGGUGACAAGUGAGGUAUCCUGGCCUGGAGGCCUGUCUAGAGGUCAGGACGUAGGGUCAUCAUUAUGACACCUGAUCAGCAACAGAUCACACAACUGGAGAAGCAAUCUUAUUUAUAAAUUAGUGAAUACUGUGAAAUCAUUUAUAUUUGUCACCUUGAAAUAUUUAUGGUAUUUCAAAAAAUGACUUUUUCAUGGACACGUUAGUUUGUGGAUUUCUGAUUUUUUUAAACAAAGAGAAAUAAGAGUCAGGGCUUUUUUUCCUGUUUUUGUGAAGAGGCCUUUGGCCCCCCCCUCCCACCCCAUUUUGUGAAAAAAUGAGUCGUGAACUGUUCAAAAUUGUGAAAAAAUGAGUCACAAACUUUCAAAAAUUGUGAAAAUUUGAGUCACGAAUUUCUUGAAAUUGUAAAAAUUUGAGUCGCAAACUUCUUUAAAUUUUGAAAAUUUAGUUGCUAUUUUCCCAAAAUUGUGAUAAUUUUAGUCGCGAUUUUCACAAAAUUGUGAAAAUUUUAGUUGCGAUUUUCCCAAAAUUGUGAAAAACGGCCAUUCUCACAGAAGGAAAAAAGCCCUGAGGUUGUGUUAAAUUUGUGGAUUAGUCCACCCAUGAAAUCAAUGAACAUUAAUGUUUCAUGAUUGAUAAUGAUAAUACAGUAAAUUUGCAGGGGAAUAGAAUUAACAUCAGUUAAAAACUGUCAUUUUUGUGAAGUAUUGAUUUUGAGAAUUUCAAGUAUCAUAUAAGAGAAUAUCGACAAUUAACGCACAAAGCUUUGCAUUUUUCAUUUUAUUUUUCUAAUGAACUUAAAUUGCCGUCUGGAUGAAUCAGGAAUUGUUAAAAAUGUCUCACAAGUGAACACAGGCUCUUAUCUUUUCAGUGCAUUGUGUCGAUGGUUGUACCAUUAGUUGUUGUAAUUGUGUGUUUAAUUUUGUACUGCAUGUGUUGUAAUCAUGCCUGUGCAGACUUCAUUAAGCCCCGUUUUCCCAGAGACAGGCUUGUAUAUGAAUCAAAAUCAAACUCAUGUAAUCGAGCGUCAUCGAAUACCAUGAAAGUGGCGAUUACAGAAAAGCUUAUUGUCUCUGCUCAGAAAUAUGAACAGCUCGCCCAAGCUUGUGGUUGACGCUUUCUACACCUCUGAAAAUAAACAUAUUUGAAAUGUACUUAGUUUUCUUAAAGUCAAUUAUGCCAGGUCUGGUAAUAAAGAUCUCUUAUCAACUCUAGAGCCUGUAUCAGCUAUGGUGUUCUCUUAUCAACUCUAGAGCCUGUAUCAGCUAUGGUGGAGCCUGUAUCAGCUAUGGUGGAGCCUGUAUCAGCUAUGGUGUUCAUCUUGAGAGCAUCUUUGUGGCUAAAAUUCACGAAACAAACAAAUGACCUUUAAGUUAAUAAAUGGGUUUAAAGAUAUUUAAUGUUUAUAUGUUUUGUCAGUUAGGUCAAUUGACUUUUUUUGUCAAUUUGCAAAUAUUCCUGUGACACGAGUACAUAUGCUUUCGUCGUAAUUUAACUUGUGAAAUGUGCAAUAAAGUUUUAACAAAAUAUAA